AUGGCUUCAGGAAGUUAUGGUGACAAUUUAAAAGUCACCGUACCCAAUGAAUUCGACCUGGUCUUCCAUAUACGUUUCCCUGAAAAUAAGCUUAUUAUCGUUAGAGAAGAUCCCGAGUUAGCGGGUAAUGUUCAUUUGGACUUUACCAAAGUUUUGGCAAAAAUACACCGCGAGAAACAACAUGCAACCACGUAUACAUAUCUCUGCAAAUGGUUGGAUGACGAUAAUUGUUUGAUCGUAAACAAAUUACAAUCAUAUAUUCAAAGUUGUUUUACCAAAGCCCUCGAGGAUAUGGAUUGGCAUUUCGACAAUAUAAAAUUACGUUACCAUCGUGAAGGACCAGCGCAUACAAUUAAAGUAAACGGCUUGACUAUGGAAUAUUCGGUGGAUUUUGUACCCGGUAUAUUGAUGGAUCAGGAGCAAAGUGUUACAAAGGCUAAUGUUGGCCAAUGGGAAGCCAUACCGAAACCAAUUAAGUGGGCCGACUGGGAUCACACAUCGUUUCGAUCGUCAUUUUAUCGGCAGGAACAGAAUCUAAUAAAAGACUGUAACAAUUUGAAGAAUUGUUUGCGUAUGAUAAAAAAAUUUCGUGAUGCCCAUUCGAAUAUGAGCUGUAUGAAGAGUUAUUUUAUCAAAACAUUAUUUUUGUGGAAAGUCCAGGAGAAGCAGAACAAAAGCUAUUGGAAUAAUUCAUUGUCAGUUAUAAUAUUGGAUAUGUUCAUAGCCAUGGAGAAUAGUCUAAGAUCGGAGGAAUUGCCAUUCUUUUGGGAUAGACGCUUAAAUAUGUACCAAGAAUUGUCUUCGUUCAAUUUGAGUGAAAUGUUACGAUGUGUUCGUAAUGCCCGAAUCUUUUUGGAAAAAGCCAAAAUGGAAAUAACACCAUUAACACAAAGUCUUGUCUAUGAAAUAUUCUUGAAUUACCAUGAAAGACAUCCUGAAAUGAAACCUGAGAGUAAUUAUGGAGGAAAUGAUAUGGAUUCUAACUUAGAUGAACCUGUCGCUGAAAGUUCCUGUGUUAUUCUAUAG